AUGGCUGCAUUCUUCGUCUUCGCCAUCGCGGUAGUUGUCGGCCUCCUGGUCCGAGAGCUGUACUCAUGGUAUCGCCUUUCACACGUCCCAGGUCCUUUUUGGCAUGGAAUCACAGGCUUCUCGAUGGCGCGUGCCGCGCUAAAUGGAUCAGUCCACGAAUACUACAUGGAGCUUCAUGAGAAAUACGGCCCUUUGGUUCGUAUCGGGCCUAAUACUGUCAUGUUCAGCGACGGCGACACCCUCAGAAAAAUUGCGGGCGCUCGGAGUAAAUACGUCAAGGGUGAGUGGUACGCGGUUGGGAGGACGACGCCAGGUGAAGACCACCUGUUUUCGAUGCGCGACGAAGAAAAGCGCAAAUAUCUGAAAAGCAAAAUGGGGCCUGGUUACGCCGGUCUCGAAAAUGGCGGCUUCGAAGCUGGCAUUGAUAAGAACAUCACCGCUUUCGUUGACCUGAUUGACCGAAAGUACAUUUCAAAUGCCAAGGAGUUCAGACCCAUGGACAUGGCAAGCAAGUCAACUUACUUCGCAUUGGAUGUAAUCAGCGAGCUUGGGUUCGGCACACCGUACGGGUUUCUCAAGGAAGACCGGGACCUGUACCAGUACGUCAGCACAAAGGACGCCUUCUUCCCAGUCAUGAUUACGAUGGGCAAUGUGCCUUGGUUAGCAACACUCAUGCAUAGCUGGCCCCUUAAUCUGGGCCUACCGAAGUCCGGGGAUUCCGCCGGGUUUGGGGCACUUAUGGGCUUUGCCAAAACGUUUGUGGAUGGAAGAUUGGCUCCAGAUACGAAGCCCGGGAGAGAUAUGAUACAGUCUUUCAUCAACGCUGGCCUGACGCGCAAAGAGUUGACCCAAGAAGUUUAUGUGGAAACAAUUGCCGGAUCUGACACUACCGCGACUGCCAUCCGCAUGAUCCUGCUUUCUCUUCUUUCCAACCCGUCGGCUUUUGCCGCCCUUCGCGCAGAAAUCGACACCGCCAUCUCCAAGAGAAUGAUCAGCUCGCCAAUCAAGGACUCGGAAGCAAGAUUCAUGCCAUAUCUGCAAGCUGUGAUACGCGAAGGACUCCGCCUUUACCCUCCAUCCACUGGUAUUGUAAGCAAAGAAGUUCCGGUUGGAGGAGACGUUGUUCACGGGUACCGAUUGCCCGGCGGGACCCAGCUAGGAGAAAACAUCUGUAGCAUCGGCCGAUCCAAAGAUGUUUUUGGACCUGACGCUCAUCUUUUCAGACCAGAAAGGUGGACUGAGGCCGCAAUGGACGAUGAUGAAGAGAAGUACAGAGCGAUGAUGUCGACGGCUGAUCUCGUGUUUGGAUAUGGAAAGUUUUACUGCAUGGGGAGGAACAUCGCACUGAUGGAGUUGAAUAAAAUUUUUGUCGAGGUACGCGGGAAGAUCAUCGUAUUAUAA